UCCUGUUUUGGAAUGUUUACUUUUAUCUUCGACGCCCUUGUAGUGAAAUGUUUAUCCUGAAUAUAUAAAAAAUCCUUUUAAUAAGAAUGGAAAACUAUAGGCAUUCAAAGAGGAAAUUUCAUUUGUCAAUGUCAAAUAUGGUGAAAUAAAAAGAUAUAAUGGUUCUCGAUUGUGAAAUGACUACAAAGAUAUGAGCACAGCUUUGUCCUUCAGUGUCCAGAGAGAGAUCCAGUUACGAUUCCUUUGUCCAGAAGAUAUUGAUGAGGUCAAGAAACUUUGCACAGAAUGGUUCCCUAUUGAAUAUCCAGAUACAUGGUAUCAAGAAAUAACUUCUAAUCCAAAGUUUUACUCACUUGCGGCAACAUUCCAAUCCAGGAUUGUAGGUAUUGUUGUAGCAGAGGUCAAACUUUUGUCAUCUCUGAACAAAGAGGAUGCAGACAUUCUAGCACCCCAGUUUCCAUCAACUUCUCAGGUGGCAUACAUUUUAAGUUUAGGAGUUGUAGUGGACUUUAGGAAACAUGGGAUAGCUUCCCUACUGUUGGACAGUUUGAUACAAAGUCUGACCACCAAAGAGAGAUCAAACUGUAAAGCUGUGUAUCUUCAUGUACUGGCCACAAACCACAUAGCUAUCAGGUUUUAUGAGAGACGAAGAUUCAAGGCACACAGUUUUCUACCAUAUUACUACUCCAUUCAGGGAAAACCUCGAGACGCAUACCUCUAUGUGAUAUAUCUAAAUGGUGGUAAAGCACCAUGGUCAUUCAUUGAUUAUAUGAUGCAGUGUGGAGAAGUCGUAACCAAGCUGCAGCCAUGUGCUUUACCUAGCCAGAUCAUAAGGACAGUGAGGGGUUGGAUCUGUCGAUUGUUGGCGGGAGCCACGUCAAACUACAGCAGCUAGCAUCAAGUCACAUGACCUGUGAAAGAUAGAAAUAAACAUGAUUACUAAAAAUAUCUCAUCUGGAGUCAUUGAUUUUAUUUUAUAAAUAGAAAUAGUGCUGUUUCAUUAAAAUAAUAUGUGUAUAUGGUGCCCAGUAUUCAGGGAAAAUAAAGUGGCAGACCAGGACAAAUGUCAAUGGGACUUACUGCAAUAUGAAAUAUUUUGUUGGUUAUACAUGUACAUGUAUGAACAGCAUACACCUUAGCUGGAUUGUACAAUCAAUAGUUCGUAUAGAUCACAUUGUUUCCAAACAAAUUGUCUUUCUUUGCAUAUGUGCAGUGAUUCAGAGUGCAUAUGUGCAGUGAUACAUAUUGCAUAUGUGUAUUGAUUUAGAGUGCAUAUGUCAUGUAUGUGCAGUGAUUCAGAGUGCCUAUGCACAUUGAUUCAUAGUGCAAAUGUGCAGUGGUUCAGAAUGCAUAUGUGCAGUGAUUCAGAACGCAUACGUGCAGUGAUUCAUAGUGCAAAUUUGCGGUGAUUCAGAGUACAGAUGUGCAGUGAUUCUGAUGGGUUGUCUUUAAGAUACAUCAUUUGGUGGGCCAUAGCACAUUUUACUGGAGUCUGUUGAACCUAUAAAUUAUUCAGAAGAAAAAUUAAGUUGAAUCUACAGAUUAUUUUCGGAAGAAAAAUCAAGUAUCAAGCUAUAUAAUAGGAUUUACAUAAGUGACAUUUGCAUAAAUCUAUGUAAGAGGCCACAUUGGAGUAACCUUGUCCAAUGAACAAGGGUAAUGUUGGAAUUGUUUUUCCCCCAAGACAAACUUGACUUUCCAUGAAAUUUUUUUUUACGUUGGAAUAAUGUUAUCUGAUACAGUUCAUGUUACAUUUAUGCAUAAUAGUUUUUUGUAAAUAUAUCAUCGAUUUUUACAUAUGAAUUCCAAAGAAAUUGAUUUUUACUAUUUAUUAUAAAAAUAGUGGUUAAUUUGACUUUUUUUGUCCAUUCAUUCAUGUUGCAUCUUUCUUCAUGACUUUAAUGUAAUUUUUAAAAUAAUCUUUCUUAUACUUAAUGAUAUGUGCAAUUCCAACAUUCAUUUUGUCAUCCCAUUGAGUUUAUGUGGUUUCUAUAGCAGAACAUGGACUUAGAAAAUGACAUAUAUGUUAGAUUAAAAAGCAUAACGAGGGGUUUGGCAAUUUUGUAUGUGCAUCAGUCCUACAUGUAUAACGAUUGAAAUUUAUUGAAUCUUUCAUAGAAAAUGCCACUACUGGUAUUUUAGUCUCUAACACAGAAAAAUGCAACAUGUGACCUGUGUUUUAGGGGGGGAGAGGGGGGGUCUUCUUGUUACCUGACUACUCAUUGAGAAUGACUCGUGACUUCUGGAAAUGUUCAAAACAGACUACUUAUACAUGUAGUUUAAAUUUACUUAAAUCAGACCUGAUGCCCUGAGGCAUUUUUAAGGAUACUCUGUGACUCUAGCUGUGAUGAAAAAAAUGUAUGUUUUAUAACUUACUCCGGCUACCCCUUUAAUAUGUAAUUCAGUAAGGGAGCUACCAUUUGAUUUUUAUGGGGGGGCUAGGAUGAAAAUUUUUGUCCUGCCUUUUUUUUUAGCUGUAAUCUCUGUCCUGCCUUUUUUAUUUUUCACUUUGUUCGGUCCUGCCUUUUUUUUAAAAAGUUUAUCCUGACUUUUUUUACCUAAAUUGUCGUCCUGACUUUUUUUUUUGGCAAGUGUCUCAUCCUGCCUUUUUUUUUUACUCAAAACUCCUGUCCUGCCUAUUUUUUUCAAAUUUCAUCCUAGCCCCCCCAUAAAAAUCAAAUGGUAGCUCCCUAACAUAAACUUCCUUUUGCCUGGUGUUUUAUUAUUUGAAAUUUUAGACAUAUUUAAGUUUAUAUGGUAGAAAGUAUCAAUAAUAUGAAAUAUGCCGUUAUGUAUAAGCCAUUUGAUUGAUCUUGAUAUUAUUUAAAUAUGAACUUUAUAUUAACAAUAUUUUAAUCAUGUUCAAAACAUGCAAUUUUGUUUGCAUUGCAACCGAUGAAAUAUAAGUUUAUUUCAAUUUGAAAAAUGUACUUUUAGGGACUCCCAAUCUUACAGUUGUUGAAGAAUAUUGCAUGUUUAUAUAGUUUGAUAGGAGUUAUGACCCUUGAAGUUGGAAAUAUAAAAAGCCUCAUAACUGCUUAUCCUUUUUUUCUUCCCUUUAAAUUUAGUGGUGUUAUUUCCACGAUUUAGGAUUUAGAUUCAUGAAAGUAGUUUGGUUUCAGUAACUACUUCUUAGUGCAAUAAUCAUGACACAUAAUUAUAAUACAUACAUCAUGUGACCAUGAUAACUAUAUAAUGCAAUAGUAAAUAUUGGAACAUAUUGUCUAUAAUAAUUUUAUCAUUCAUUCAUAACUUUUUUUUACCCUUUUGUUAUAAAAAAUAUUAAAUGCCAUAAGAACUAUUAUAAUAUCAUAAAAAAAUAAAUAAAACAUAGAUUUCCAUAUUUUACAGAGGGGGCAUUCCCUUUUACCCUUGUCUAUCUGUAUGUCUGUACACUUGUCCAAAAGAUGCUCAACCAAAUGUUAUGAAACUUAUACACAUGCUUAUUACCACAAAACACAGAUGGUAGUGUCACAUCAACUGUUCUAGAGUUAUGCCCCUUUACAAAUGGAUAAAAUGAUGAAAUUUUCUUUUCCAUUGGCUAACUUAAGUUUGCCUCAACCAAAUUUUAUGAAACUUAUAAGCAAUACUUAUUUCAACAAAACUCAGAUCAAGUACAAAUUUGGGUGACGCUGGGAACAGUACAUCGAAUAUAUAUUUUCCUGGGUGACGUCACUUUUAUUGUUCUUCAGUUAUAUCCUUUUAUCCCUUUACACAAUAUGCAACCUGCAGGGGCAUCAUUUGUGUCCCAUGAACACAUUAUUUCCUUAUUUAUUUAAGCAAGUAGUAUUUUACUGAAGUAAUUAUUAUGAUUUGGAAAGUGUAGAAAACAAUAAACUUACAUAAAACCUUCUAGUCUGUUUGAUUUUACUGAAAAUUGUAAGUGAUAAAAAAUAAAUUGUAUAUAAUUCAAGAACAGUUUAAUUGUAUAGAAUUCUAGAAAAAAAUUAUGUAUAGAAUUCAAGAAAAAAAUUAUGUAUAGAAUUCAAGAAAAAAAUUGGGUACAGAAUUUUAGAAUAUUUAAUUGUAUAAAAUUUGUUAACUUAUUAUAUACUGACACAAAUGUACCAUAUAUUUAUUAUGACCCUGUAUAAGUAAUGUUUACGAAUGUUUGUAUUCAUUCUAUUUUACAUGUGGUAACUGUCUAUCUGUUAUUGUUUUUGUGUAUAGUUAUGAUUGUUACAGAUUUAUGAACACAGUGUUUUGAUUGGUUUAGUCAUACAUGUAGUAUGAAAAGUUGUAAGUAAAUGCAAGUAUCAUCAUGGUUGAUUAAAUUCUACUGGAAUUUAAA